GAGCUCGAAUACCUGGAUAAUCCCGGUAAAAGCGGGAUGGUUGGUAGGUAUGCCAUUCCCUCUGCGGCCCGUAACAUUAUCCGCUAGAGCCAUGGAGGUGCGCGUCUUGCUCGUGCUGUCGUUUCUCUCACCCUUUAUCGUCCGAGAAACUCUCUCCAGAAACAACGUCCAUAAAUACUGUGUGAUCGGAGCAGGCCCUGGAGGGCUGCAGAUAGGCUAUUUCCUGGACAGAGCUGGGAGGGACUACAUCAUUUUUGAGAAAAACACCACAGCAGGUUCAUUUUUCACCCAUUACCCACGCCACCGCACUCUCAUCUCCAUCAACAAGAGACACACAGGGAGCAAGAACAGGGAGUUCAGUUUCCGCCACGACUGGAACAGCCUCAUUAGUGACGACCCAACUCUGUUCCUGAAACACUACACUGACGAGUACUUCCCUGUGGCUGAUGUCUAUGUGCGCUAUCUACAAGACUAUGCCGAGCAACUCCAACUGAAGAUCCAGUAUGAGACUGAGAUCAAAGAGGUGGACAAAGGACCAGAUGAAGAGGGUGCUGAUAGUUGUUUCCAUCUGAAAGACCAAAAUGGCGUCGUCUAUCGCUGUGAUAUUCUAAUUGUCAGUACUGGUUUGUGGGUGCCUCAUGUUCCUGACAUACAAGGCAUAGAACAUGCUCAGGGCUACGAGUCGAUGAGUUUGGACAGGCGAGACUACGAGGGAAAGAGGGUCCUGAUCAUAGGAAGAGGCAAUGCUGGGUUCGAGACUGGCAAUCACAUUGUCGGCAAUGCCGCAUACAUCCACAUGACCGCCAGGAGUCGUAUAAAGUUGGCCUACCAGACCCACUAUGUUGGAGACGUGAGAGCCAUCAACAACCAGAUGAUUGACACAUACCAGCUAAAGUCACUGGACGGACAGUUUGAGCUAUUUACAGGUGCAGGGACAGCGUACAUUGCGAAGGAUUCCAAGGGAAACCUUUUCCUCUCACCUAUGGACAAGUCAUUCCUCGACGAUGUCGAGACCAGCAUUUUCAGUUUCAAGUAUGACACAAUACUCCGCUGCACUGGUUUCAUGUUUGAUUUUUCAAUCUUCAAUGACUCUGUGAGGCCACGGUACUCGGACGCUGGGCAAAAGAAGUUUCCUCUCAUUCAGCCGACAUACGAGGUGUCUGGAGUCCCCGACAUGUUCAUUGGAGGGAUUGCAACUCACUCUCUGGACUACAAGAGAUCUGCUGGAGGCUUCAUCCACGGCUACAGAUAUACUGCGAGGGCCCUAAACCGUCACCUGGAGUGGAAGUAUGAGGGAGUUCCGUGGCCCUCAGUUUCCAUGCUCUCUACUGACCUCCCAAACUACAUGAUCAAGAGGAUCAACGAGGCUUCUGGGCCCUACCAGAUGUUUGGGGUACUGGCUGACGUUGCUCUACUAAGGGACAACGGUACUGUGGUGUAUCUGGAGGAGGUCCCCGUACAGUCACUACCUGCCAUACACGAGAUGACAGGCCACAAACCAGGUCGUAUGGUGAUAUGGGACUUUGAGUACGGCCCAGACUACUCAGGCCCUGGUGAGGAUGUUCUGAGGGAAGACAGAGCCAUCGGAGACCCGUUCCAGGGAGACAAUAGCAAUUUCCUCCAUCCGGUCCUCUACUACUACAUCUCCUUCCCUUCUUCCUUCAAAGGUCUCAGCUACACAACUUCACGUAAUACUGAAAUAAUGUGUCAAGGUUCUAGCUCCAUAAUAUUCACGAAAACACUGUAAUAAUAAUAAUAUGCCAGCAUUUCAAGGGUUCUUCUAGCUACAUAAUUGACAAAAACACUGCCAUAAAAAUAUUUCAGCAUUUUCAACCCCACAAAUCAAAUAGUGACUAUGUCAUGUGUCAUGACCACAGAUUUUAAAAUGGUAGUGUGCUGUCGCGGAGGAAAACUGAUCAGGUUAAAUGCUGGUCUUAUGGCUGACCAUCCUAACCCACAGUCUGUGAUGAUGAUGUCCUGUGUACAUAUUACGUUCCCUCAGGUCUGGGUAAAGGGAAGCUUCCUCCACCUGAUCUCUACCACCACAUUGUUGAGGACUUUCUCACUGAUUGGACGCAGCGAACGAAUCAUGUAAUUCCAGUGCGGCGUUUCUUUGAGGCAGUGUUUGGAGCAGACUUGAGGAGUUUCUUUGCCCAGACAUGCUUCCAGUUGAUCCUUACCCAUGGAGACAACGUCCCUCUCUUCUGCCAGCAACACUAUCUACAAGGUCACAGCGUGUCCACUGGAGACGAGACCAUCACGUUUGGUCCACCAGAACUGUUCCUGGAUGCAGUUCUCGCUCACUAAAACUAACAUUUUCGUAUAGACACUCUAGACACAUGUCUUUUUACACAGUAUUGUACAGUAUACAGUACAUCAUACUAAGUUCAUCAAUAGUACACUGCAAGCGUGGCCGCUAAUUGUGCGCAUUUAGACAUAAACUGCUGUAACGUAAGAUGGGAGACCUCAUACUGA